UCAUUAGACUCCAUUUCAUUAGAAGUAUACUAUGGUACAUAAAACUCUUUAGAAUGCCUAAAAAUUCUCAAAGUUCCAUUUCAUGCAGUCCCCUUGCAUGUUUUCGCAACCCUCCUGGAACCAUAACAUACCAUGUCCAGGAAAACGAGUGCGGCCAGAGCAACGAGAAGACCACUAAACUUGAUGAAUGCAACCAGGGUGUCAGGAUCCUCGGAGAUUCCGUGAUGGUGAUGGCGUAUUCAACGGACCCGUACGUCCGGUUCCGGCAGGCUAUGACGGAGAUAUUGAAGUACAGAUUAGAGAAGAGGAUGGUGGUUGACUGGGAGUACUUGGAAGAGCUUCUGACUUGUUACAUGGAGCUUAAUGAGAGGAAGUGAGGAACUGCCAUGGGGAUAUAUUAAUGGUUUAUGUAGAUGUAGUUACGGAAUUCUAUCUGCCAGGGAUGUAAUCCACUCUAAGUUUGAACUUGUAGUGUCUCAGUUAACUUUAGUUAAGAUAGUAACUUUAGUUAACUUUAGGCUAGGAUUCAUUUAUUAAAAAAAAAUUAGAAGUUACUAUUAUAAUGUUUUUGUUUUCUACUUUUGAUAAAUGUGUUUAUUUUUU